GUAAGCAAAUAUUCAUGCGAUUGGAUAGAGCCGUCACAGCGAUUGCUUGCUCCGGACGUUGCAAAGUUGUCGAGAUGCUGAAGGUUUUCAUAUUUACGCUCCUCAUCAGCCUCGGGGCGUGCCAGGUGGUGCGGCCAUGCGCCCUGUCUGACCUGGCGUGCAUAGGGCGCAACCUAGCGGCCAACUCGCGCUGCAACCCCAACGUGCCGGGUCGUAUCCCCGCCCGCUAUACUGUACAGUCCCUACCAUUCCACGCACCCUACUUCAACGCUACUUACAUCGACUACAACCUCGUCGUCAGCAAUCACAACAGAUGCAGAGUCUCAGAAUUCUUUAUAAACUUGUCAAGUAAGACGGCAGUUCUGUCUCUGGACUGCCCCAACCUGGACUUCGAAUCCAACCGGCUCACCAUCCAGCAUGCCUCGCUGCAGGAGGACCGACAGUUCAGCUACAGGAUACAGGGGACUUAUCCUUUGAUCCGUUUGACUACAAACCUGCACGCCUCCAACGGCCUCAACCUUUGUUCGUCGUUAACUUUCGCCGACGUCGUCGCUCUGCCAAAGUUCCGUUUAAAUCCUAAUAAUAAGCAGACGGCGAACUAUCUGUCACGUGACCUUACGUUGCUCAAUGUUUUCGAAAGGGAAUGCUUCUUUUGGCGCGCGUCUUUGCUCGCGCGUUAUUUCAUCAAUUCGCUAAUUUGCAAUUAUGGUUGUAACUUGUAACGCAUAAGCGUUUCACACUUAAACAGUUUAAACUUCGGUAAUUGUUGGAGAUAAUUUUGGAGAAAUAUUUGGUUAAAAUAUGGAAUUAAGACUUCUGUAAAAUUUAUGUAAUAAAAUUGUUCACUAGA